AUGGUCGUUGAUCCUCCAUCACAUAAGCGACGCUCGCAGGGUCUUCGUCGGGUAAAUGGUGCGAGCGAUCUGCAGCCGCGACUGGACGUCCCGCCUGCAGGAAGAAGAAUGGCGGCUGAUGGGACAUAUCUCUCGCCCCUUCGUCAGCUCACUACCAACAUCUUGGAGACGUACCAUAUCUGCAACCCCCAGUUCCGAUACGAGGCGGCCCAUAACCCGCGACGUGUCCUCACCAAGCCCAGCAAGCCCUCACACAAUGACGGCUACGACAACGAAGACUACGACUAUAUUCUGUACGUGAACGACUGGCUGGGGAACGAGGAGGGCCACAAAUACUUGAUCUUGGAUAUACUGGGGCAAGGCACGUUCGGCCAAGUUGUCAAGUGUCAAAACAUGAAGACGCACGAGAUCGUGGCCGUCAAGGUCGUCAAGAACAAGCCUGCAUACUUCAAUCAGAGUAUGAUGGAGGUGACUAUCCUCGACCUGUUGAACAAGCAGUGCGACCCUAAUGACGAGCACCACAUCUUGCGAUUGCGUGACUCCUUCAUCCACCGGCAGCAUCUAUGCUUGGUGUUCGAAUUGCUGUCAUCCAACCUCUACGAGUUGAUCAAGCAGAACCAGUUCCAGGGUCUCAGCACUCAGCUCGUCAAGGUCUUUAUGGCGCAACUUCUUGAUGCCUUGACCGUUUUGAAGGAGGCGCACCUCAUCCACUGCGAUUUGAAACCGGAGAACAUCCUCUUGAAGUCACUGCAGUCGCCACAGAUCAAGGUCAUCGACUUUGGGUCGGCCUGUCAUGAGCGACAGACAGUGUACACUUACAUUCAGUCGCGGUUCUAUCGAUCGCCGGAAGUUCUCCUGGGAAUGCCUUACACGACCGCCAUCGACAUGUGGUCCCUGGGCUGUAUCGCAGUGGAGCUGUUCCUUGGUUUACCGCUCUUCCCGGGUACGAGCGAGUACAACCAACUGACUCGCAUCAUUGAGAUGCUCGGGAUGCCGCCUCUCAGCAUGCUGAACUCGGGGAAGCAGACGCACCAAUUCUUUGACUCUGUCGAUACCUAUAACCCUGCGACCGGACAGCCAGAGAAGAAAUAUACCCUCAAGAGCAUCCAGCAGUACUCGCGGGAGCACAACACGAAUGAGCAGCCUGGGAAGCAAUACUUCAAGGCGACGAACCUCCCGGACAUCAUCUCAGGUGCCCCGAUGCCUGCGGCGAAGCCGAACCGUCAGAACGAGAUGGAGAAGGUAGAGCUCAACAACCGAGCCGCAUUCAUCGACUUCUGCAAGGGCUUGCUGGACUUGAACCCUGUCACGCGUUGGACGCCGCAGCAGGCCAGAGGGCACCCUUUCAUCACCGGCGAGAAGUACAAGGGGCCGUAUGUGCCCGGCGGAAUGCCUCAGCCGUCGCCAGCUCCGCCUUCAAGCUCGCCUGAUCCAAAGCGGCCGUAUGGCGGUCUUGUGCCCCAACCGGCCAAGGGUACGCGUGCGUUCCAGGACGCGGCGUCGUAUAACCAGCACCUGGCUCAACAUCAGGCCUACACGGCGCAAGCGCAGGCGGCGUCCGCGAACACCUUCCGCAACCCGUACUUGACGCCGAACAACACUCAACCAUCGACGCAGCCGCCAGCGUAUACUCAAGACGCGUCCUACGCGCCCUCGGCGCAGCCUCAACAGCAGCAGGCGCAGCAACAGCACGCGGCGGCGCAGACACAAGCGCAGGCAGGCGCUCAACAGGUGCAGUACAGCGCUAAUUCCUCUGCACCCUUUAAUCAUCGCGUUUCUGCUCAUCAGACGUCCGCCCAAAUGAUUCCGAGCAAUUCGAUGCCGCAAUACUCUGGCCAGCCACCUCAGCUGCAGCCGAACGUGCCUCCCAACACGUACUACCCGAACCAGCGGAGCCGGGCCAACACCAUCAACAACCAGAUGGACAACAUCCCGCCGGCGCUGGCAAGGCUGCAGCACAUGAAGCAGGACGUCAUUGCUGGUGGGCGCAAUGCCUUGACGCCGGUGCUCAACCGCGACGAUGCGAUGCGCGAGUGGGAGCAGCGGCAACAGCAGGGCAAGGCCAGCAAGUUCCAGCCGUACCCGCAGUUGGAGCACCUGCAGCAGCAGGCCGAAAUGGCGGCGGCGUCGGGCCUCACGACGUGGGCGAACCACAACCGCUACCAGCACCCGCAUCCGCCCUCGAAGCUCAUGCACUCGUACCACCCUCAGCAGUACCCAAUGAUGGAGGACGACCAGAGCAGGCGCGACGCGGUUAUGUCCAACGUUCGUGCGGCAGCGGCGCAGGGCACUGGCAGCAACGCCAUGUUCGGUGCAGGCGGUGGCGUCAUCACGAGCCCCUCGCAGGCUUACAACGGCUCGACGAACAUCUCGAACACGGCGCGGUACGCGAAUGCAUUCGGCCCGCAGCAGCAGACGUCGCCGCCACAACAGUCAUCGCAGGGCGCGAACGUCUUCGACUCGCUCGAUCGGCGGACGGACAUCGGGAACAUGUACGUGCCGAUGCAGCCGGACCAGUACCAGCAGCCGGCGCAGGGAGGGUACACGAAUGCGACUGCGAUGACGCGCGGCGCUGGCCCGUCGCAGGCGUCGAUGUCGGGUUCGUUCUAUGGGACUGGCGUGCAGCCGGCCGGCCCGCCGCAACAAGGCCAGCAGCAGCCCCAGCGAAACCCGUUCGGCGUGCCGAUGGACACCUCGGGUUCCCAGUCGAAGGACGCGUCGAGGAGGGGAAGCGGUAUCGAUACGUGGCAGAUGAAGACGUCGUAGAAGAAUGGCCGGACAUUCGCGAGAUAGUGCUGGAGUAGGAGGGGGAGGGGGAGGAAUUGUAGUUAUCUUUUUGCUGCCCAAGAUCGUCGUUGUCGUCGGUAGACCGGCGUCGUGUAUACUCACGUACAGUAUUGUGUCACGUAUAUCCCAUGUGCGACUCCAAUGUUUGUCCUAUUAACCUGCAUGUAAUCCUACUCGCAGCCGUUACAGUCGCUCACUCAUCGUGCCCUUUGCGUUUCAAUACACCUAUGCUAUGUCUGAAGACUCGUGUCAAGACGAAGCAGUCCUAAUGA